AUAAUAUUACUUAAUUUUUUUCCUUUAUCUGUGCCUAAACAUAACCUUAUCUAACCUAAAAAGGUAUAAAAUAAUUACCUAUAAAAUUAAUAAUUAUAUUUGAAUGUUUUGUUUAUAUUUCUUUAUUAACAUCUACAGCUAAUUUUGAGGCUCCCAUUAUCAGGAACCCCUGCAGGAGGUCAAACAUCGUGAUACAACGGCUUGUUUAUAAUAUUGUUUUAAAUUCAGUUUAUUAGUACAAGGUAACGGAAACAGACAUGGCAGCAAAUGGCAAAUUGGCUCUUCUCAGUGUGUCAGAUAAAACUGGCCUAUUGCCCCUGGCAAAAUGUUUAUCAGAAGCGGGACUCUCGCUUGUAAGUACAGGCGGCACAGCCAGCGCGCUCCGCAAUGCGGGCCUCAAAGUUUUGGAUGUGUCAGAUAUUACUGGAGCACCAGAGAUGCUUGGUGGUCGCGUCAAAUCGCUGCAUCCCGCUGUGCACGCUGGAAUAUUGGCCAGACUUACAGAUUCCGACCAAGCUGAUUUGAAGCGGCAAAAAUUCGACCUGAUUAGUGUCGUGGUCUGUAACUUGUACCCAUUCGUGGAGACUGUGUCCAAACCAGAAGUGACAAUUGCUGACGCCGUGGAGAACAUCGAUAUUGGCGGCGUCACUUUACUGCGAGCUGCGGCUAAGAACCACGACAGAGUGACCGUGGUGUGCGACCCUAACGAUUAUGAUAGCGUUAUCAACGAACUAAACACGAGCAAGGAUCGCCAAACCUCGCUUGAUACAAGGAAAAGAUUGGCGCUCAAAGCCUUUACUCACACAUCUGAGUAUGAUCUCGCUAUAUCAGAUUACUUCCGCAAACAAUACUCGGCAGGUCAAUCACAACUGACCUUGAGAUAUGGAAUGAACCCACACCAGAAGCCAGCUCAAGUAUUCACAACUCGCGAUAAACUGCCACUGACAACAUUGAACGGUGCACCUGGUUUUAUUAAUCUUUGUGACGCUCUUAACGCGUGGCAGCUCGUACGUGAACUAAAAGAAGCCCUGGGACUGGCCGCUGCUGCGAGCUUCAAGCACGUAUCACCAGCUGGUGCUGCAAUAGGAAUCCCAUUAACUGAGGAAGACGCGAGCGUAUGCUGCGUAAGUGCAUCGGAAGCAAUCACAUUGAGCCCGCUUGCGGCCGCAUACGCACGAGCACGCGGUGCUGACCGCAUGAGUUCGUUCGGCGACUUUGUGGCGUUGUCAGACGAGUGUGAUGUGUCCACUGCGCGGCUGAUCUCGCGCGAGGUCUCUGAUGGAGUUAUUGCACCCUCAUAUUCACCAGACGCUCUCGUCCUGCUCAACAAGAAGAAGGGCGGCAACUACUGCGUCUUGCAGAUUGAUCCGAAUUAUGACCCUGUCCUGUUGGAGCAGAAAACUAUCUUCGGUCUUACUCUGGAGCAAAGACGCAAUGACGCUAAGAUCACAUCAGACUUAUUUAAAAAUAUUGUUACCAAUAACAAAAAUUUGCCAGAGAGCGCCGUAAGAGAUUUAAUUGUGGCGACUGUGGCCUUAAAAUACACGCAGAGUAAUUCUGUAUGCUAUGCAAGAGAUGGACAGGUAAUAGGUAUCGGAGCGGGACAGCAGUCGCGCAUCCACUGCACACGGCUAGCGGGCGGUAAAGCGGCGCUGUGGUGGGCCCGCCGCCACCCGCGGGUUCGAGCUAUCGCCGCCGCAGCACGACCCGGCAUCUCGCGGGCUAUACUCUCUAACGCUGUCGACAACUACGUCAAUGGCACCGUAGGCACUGAUUUACCAUUUGAACAGUGGAAGAGCCUUUUUGAGGGCGAGCCCCCUGCGCUAUUGACACAAGAGGAGAGAGAUGAGUGGACCAAAACAUUGGACAAGGUGGCACUUGCCUCAGAUGCCUUUUUCCCAUUCAGAGACAACAUCGAUCGGGCUGUUCAGGUUGGAGUUGAAUAUAUAGGCAGCCCAUCUGGAUCGAACAAAGAUGAUGAAGUCAUCCAAGCAUGCAAUGAACACAACAUCGUGCUAGCUCACACGAAUCUCCGCCUUUUCCAUCACUAAACAUUAUUUCCUUAUACACAUAACUACCGGUGUGCGUGUCUUAUCUGCGCCAGCGCUUAUCGUUAAAGUCAAUGGAGAACAAAAUAAUGUUUGUGCUUUAAGUAUUAUCGCGAUUUACUAUUUUAUUGUGUGUUAUUUUUUACGUAAUUAAUUCUGUAAUUGAUCGUUCAAAAAUAUUUUCCAGUUAUUAAUUACGACAAUAACACAAAGAAACAAUAGUAAAUAACGAUUAUCACGAAACUAUAAAUAUUGAAUUAUUUCGUUCUCUACGUCGACGUUAAUUAAUUUUAUACUACAUUCCUAUUACUUUAGAUCGUAUAAAUUUUCGUCCUAACACAGAUUUACAUUUAAUAUGUUACAGGCGUCAGUAUUGCGCUAACUUCAACUGUACUAAUUAUUACUUACUAUACUUGAUUUGCCUCAAGUUUUGAAGUCUGUGACUAACCCAAUGCAAAUCUGUGUUCAUUUAUAAAUACAUAAAACCUCCAAUAUAGCUAUUUGUUUUAUUACAUUUUAUCAAAUUAAGAAUAUUGCUCUAAAGAAAGAGACGAAACAUUCAACUAUACACUAAUAAAUAACAGCUAGAUUAGGCUUAGGUUAAAAUCAAAUAGGGCUAAGUUCUAUUAAUGGAGGGAUCAUAUUUUUUAAUAAGUGCCUGUGUAUUUGUAAUGGCGCUAAUACUAUUAUAUACAACAUUCCUAUUAUUGUAGAUUUAUAAAGAUAUUUUGAGCUUUUUUACCUUUAUAUCAUAGUGUUUAGAAACUAAAAGCAAUUUUACAACAAGUAAAGUUUAUCCUGUUUUUUUUUUUAUAUUCAAACAUGCUUUAAGACAAAUAAUGUGCCAACGUAGUAUACACGUGGAUUUUUCAUAAUUAUUAUUACACUAUGUUAUUAAUUUAUAAAAAUGUUACUAAUUAGUUUGAACUGCUUUAGUAAUUUAAUAGUAAGUUAACAAAAAUAAUACUUGUUAAAGUUGGCUAAACUUGUUAUUCAGACACCAUUAAAUGUUAUAUGCACUAAAUAAUGUAAAAGUGUAUUAUGUAUAUUACUAAAACAGUCCAAACUAGGCUUACGUGAAAUAAUCUCUACCACUGUACAAAAAAUCUGAAUUUUCUAUGAAUCUCUUGUCGAAAGUGAAUCUAAAGAAAUAGAAAAAUGUAUGAAUCUCAUGAAUAGCUGAAUUGUUCUAUUUUGAUUAUUUCGAUGUUGUAAUUUAUUAUAUGUAUUCAACCUUGAGAUUCCACUAUUUUAAUUUCCGUUUUUAGAUUUGUGUUAUUGAUAAAAAUUUAUUAUUGAAACCGUUAUAAAUAAACUACUGUCGAGUAUAUAUCACUUUCACACAGAACAUCAAAAUAUUGCCAGUGUGAAAUUGUAAUAAUAUUAAGUCUACAGUAAUAAAAAUUUUUUAUGCCUUAUUGUUAAGAUUUUGAAGUAUUUUAUUGUAAGAAAAUUAAAUGUUUGUACGUGUAAGUACAUAUAUUAAUA